AUGCCCUCCUCCGGCACCGACGUCUGCCUCUACUUCCUCGCCAUCUUCGUGCCGCCCCUCGCCGUCCUCCUCAAAUGCGGCUGCGGCGGCGACUUUAUCAUCAACAUCGGCCUGACGAUUCUCGGCUGGCUGCCGGGCGUGGUGCAUGCGUGGUAUUUGAUUGCGAAGAAUGAGCGGAUGGGCAGGUAUCGGUGA